AUUUUUAUAACCAACGUUUCUGACGAAUAAUUUCAUUAAAUUUGGAGGUAAUCGUCUGUUUUUUGGACAAUUGAAUUUCUGGUAUAUUUCUGGUAUUUUGAGCUAGGCAAUCUGGUAUUCUCGCCCAGAAAAAACCUGGCAACACUGCUGAAACACCCCAAGCUCCAGUCUGCCUUGCAGUGAGAUAGCGCAAACACCCGUGCUGAUUUUACCCGGACCGACGUGGAUUUUCUUCUAGUGAUAAAAACCUGACGAGUCAGAACAUGUGGUAAAGAUCGCCUGACAAGAUCGUCCGGAUUCGUCAUCUCGCCUUCCCCUGCCUAAAACUAAUAGUAAGCGGACCAAACGAUAUUGCUGAUCUUAAAAUGUGUUCUCCUUUGUCACAGGCCCAGCCGAUGUCUGAGAUUAUUACGACAUCUCCACGUUGUGCUUAAUAUUCAAGUGCUGUAACACAGUGCACUUCUGCCAUUAUUCUAACGCAAACUACUUACUAGGAUAUAGCAACGUAGCCAGUACCUAAUCUUAACUCUUUGUGUAGCUUCUCAUUAUCAUGGUCUAAAGAUCCGCCCUCAAGCCAGUAUCUAAUCUUAACUCUGUGUAGUUUCUCAUUAUCAUGGUCUAAAGACCCGCCCUCAAGCCAGUAUCUAAUCUUAACUCUGUGUAGUUUCUCAUUAUCAUGGUCUAAAGACCCACCCUCAAGCCAGUAUCUGAUCUUAACUCUGUGUAGUUUCUCAUUAUCAGGGUCUAAAGACCCGCCCUCAAGCCAGUACCUAAUCUCAACCCUUUUGUGCAGUAUUCCACGUCACCCAUAUGAAAUAAAGCGAAGAAAAAUCCCACGGAUUUUUAUUUCACUCCCGUUGAGCCAUACAUCUAAGCCAGUGGAAUAUAAUCAGGCUCAGGGGAGGAGAAGAGGAUGGCGAGCGCGGAUCCACCAAAAAGAGAGCGACAGCUGCCCCGCAGCGAACUAGAAAGGCUACUAGAAACUAUACAGGACGAAAUCGAUACCCUAACGUCGAUGAACCUAGAUGAGGAAAACGCGAGUUACGAACCAGAGCAGCUGAUCCAGUGGUCCAGAAACCUGAAAGAUAAGAUGAUUUCGUACAACCGUUGCUGUAAGCUUCUCAAGUCGACACUACUUCGGCAGGGCUGCAGCGCCGAUCUGCAACUUGCCAAGGAUAAUAAGCGCGGUCUUCAGGAAGACUGCGCGCAGAGCUUAGCUUUCAUUAACGAGCGCUUAAAACAACUUAACCACGAUGGGGUCUCAUCCUUCCAUUUCGACACUUCAUCCGUUCGAUCAGGCUACUCCCUCUCUUCGCAACUCGACGAGUCGAUACCCCCAACAGUCUCAGCCGCACGGCCAGAUUACCCUGCAGUCGUCGAGCCCACAGCCUACGCUCCGCGUGAACCCAGUCACCUCCCCACACCUACCUCCUCCUCAGACACCUUACUACGAACAAACCCCAUCCAUUCCACACUAGCCCCUCUAGACCGAUUCCACCCGCACCCUAGUUCUGCACCACCCUCUAGCUCGAAAGACUCCCCCACUGUCCAUCCGGCUGCCACCCCAUCUACAGCUUUGAAACUCCCUAACUACGACCCAAACCUCUCACUUUUACCUUCUUACUCUUCGAUCAUAAUUCCCCAACACCUAAACGGAUCGUCACCCUCACUCGGAUCGUACACGCCUCCGCAUCCCGACCUAAACCCACGUAAUGCCCUUCUUCCCAUCCAGGCAACUCCCCACACCAACAAAAAUUUUCAGGGAUGA